AUGGAGGGCACGAGCUUUCAGCCCCAUCCCGGACUUCAGCAAACUCUGAAGCAGUUUCAUUUGAGUUCCAUGCGCUCUCUCGGCGGACCGGCGGCGUUCUCCGCUCGGUGGCACCAGGACUCACUUUUCGGGAAAGAUGGCAAAUCCGCAGAGAUGAUGCUCACCCUGCCAGCUCAGACACCUCCGGUGAUGUCCGGACCACUCUUCAUCCCGUCUGACCGCUCCACGGAGAGGUGCGAGACGGUGCUGGAGCGGGAGCCCAUCUCCUGCUUCGUUGUCGGCGGAGAGAAGCGGCUGUGCCUCCCGCAGAUCCUCAACAGCGUCCUGAGAGAUUUCUCCCUCCAGCAGAUCAACUCGGUGUGCGACGAUCUUCACAUCUACUGCUCCAGGUGCACGGCGGACCAGUUGGAGAUCCUCAAAGUGGUGGGCAUCCUCCCCUUCUCAGCUCCGUCCUGCGGGCUGAUCACGCAGACGGAUGCUGAGCGUCUGUGUAAUGCCCUGAUCUACGGCGGCACAUACCCUCCUCACUGCAACAAGGAGUUAGGCUGUCUGGAGUUGGAGCGGACCGAAAAGUGCUUCAAAGUCUACCAUGAAUGUUUUGGCCGGUGUAAAGGCUUGUUUGUCCCGGAACUGUACUCUGGCCCGAGUGCCGCCUGCAUUCAGUGCUUUGACUGCAGACUCAUGUUCCCCCCUCACAAGUUUGUUGUCCACAGUCACAAGAGACUGGAGAACCGGACUGUCCACUGGGGGUUCGACUCAGCCAACUGGCGGGCGUAUGUACUCUUAGACCCGGACUACACCGGGAAAGAGGAGAAGAGUCACCUGGAGCAGCUGCUUAAAGAGUUAAAAGGAAAAUAUGACCUGACGGGCAAGAGGUCCAGUAUAUCCUGCAGAGUAAGUCUUGUCUGUUUCACCCUGCUUAUAUAUACAAAAAAACAUCUCCUGUUGUCUGUGGGUUGUUAUGUUUGUGGAUAUUUCAACAGCCUAGGGCCUCCUCCAGCAUCUGCAUUCAUUAACAUUCAUAUUCAGAUGGCUUCUUUCUCAUUAGGCUGACUUUUGAUUGAUUAGUUGUAUCUUUUCCAAGUGUGCCGCUCUUAGUAAUGAUCUCCAACCGAGUUAGAAUGCAAAUCACAUGUCACAUCACGUCUUCCUGUGUCUCUCCUGCUCUGUGAAACACCUUGACUACACCUCGCUCCCCUCACAGGUCUGACAGGGGGUGACAGUGAAGCCUCUAACCGUCAGUUGACACCACCCCCUCAGCAUCCACCUUAUCUGCUAAAAGUCCCCAUCCAACCCCCCAGGGUUACCCAAGGGCAUCUGCAUUAUGAUAAAUGGAGUCCCGAUGAUAUAUUUUAUUAGUGUGAGAGGGGAAAGGGGGGCAGGGGAGGCUAUUAUGGUGCCAUGAGGUGGGGAAGGGGGAUAAGAGUUUAAUGAGGUUUGGGAUAUGGAAAUGUGUGUGUGUGGCUGGAUAGGCUGAGAUACGAGUGGGUGUGUGUUUGUGUGUGUUUAUGCGUGUUGCUGUCCGGGCUCCUGUCAUGGGUCAGAGAUGUUUAGAGUGGACAAAAGGGCCAGGAGACGAGGUGGCUGUUCCUCCGUCACAGAGCAGCUGUUGUGUGGGACUCUGCUAAUGAGUGGACAUCUCUGUGUGCAUCACCAUGGUGCUGCUCCAGGGCUGAGCAGGAGGCAGGAGAUGUCUAUCAGGGAAACCUCAGAGUUCUCUCUUAAAAAAUGUUCCCAGAAACAGUUUUUUCCUUCUGAUACUGACUCAAAUAUCUCAGCUGUUACCGAAUAUCUUCAUCAUGAGUCUGGCUGUUUUUAAACUUCUUUGUUGGGCUGUGCGCUCACGAUUUUGACUCAAAGAACGAAUGACGAAGGACUUACUUUCGUUGUUUAAUCCGACACUUAGUCAUAACUGAGACAAAACAUGGAAGGGAUAAAGUAUAGUUAGCCGGUGGUGAUGGAAAAUAGAAUUGACACAAGAUUCCUCCUUGUCCAACCUAAAAUGAUUCUAUCGUGCAUAAACACCAGUCAACGAUACAUCAUCCCACUUAUCACCAGGCUACUGACAAAAAGUUGGUACUAUGAUAAGCGGAUAAGAUGGUUUUAAUGAUUUAAGAAUGAUUAGUUUGAUGGUGGGUAGUGCUUCCAUGGCAACCUAACAUCUGUAGCUUAACAUCAUUACCCUGAUUUACUGUUUACUAUCGCAUUAAACUUUACAUUCAUUCUUGUUAGCGGUGAAAUAUUUUGAUUUUUAAUUUGGCGUUGUUAACAAAUGCAGAUAAUAACAGACGCACCUGUAUAACUUUUCUGUCUUUGCACAGUCAGCUCUGUGUCGCUGCUAAAACCCUGCUGUGUUGCACUUUGCGGUUAAUCCUGUGCUAGCAUCCCUUGCUAAUUUGUGUGCCAUUCUAUUUGUCUUCUCUCAUGUUGAGCGGUCAGCUAUUAACAACAGAAAUUGUUUUUUUUUUGGUCUGUUGGCAGUAGAAGUGGGAGAAAAAAUUGAUACAGCAUAGUAUCACGAUAUUUUGUCUGGUGAUAUACCGUAUCGUCUCAUUUACCAAGUAUCGAUUUUUUAAAUUAAGUGCUCAUAUGAAAUCAAAUCUAUGAUAAUGGAAAAAUAAAGUCAAUUGUUUGUCCAUUGAGGUUGGCAGAGGUGACAUCAUAGAGCAGGAGAAAGUUAGUACAACAAAUAUAUGUAAGGUUUGCAAGGUGCGCUACAUGAAAAUAAAAUAUCGUGUAAAUAAGAUAAACAUAAAGAAAGAUAAAUGCUAAAUAAGCUUAACAGUUGAAAAAAUUUUAUAAAUCGCAAUACGUUGUAUGGCAAUACUCACUGUAUUGUAAAAUGCUAAAAAUCGUGAUAAUAACAUAUCGUGGCCCAAGUAUCGUGAUAAUAUCGUAUUGUGAUAAUAUCGUAUCGUGGCCCAAGUAUCGUGAUAAUAUCGUAUCGGGGGGCCACUCGUGAUUCCCACCCCUGGUUAGCAGCCAUGACCACUCCAUAGUAUCAGGGAAUGAAUCUUGAUGUAUGCUAGUGUUGUGCGUCAGGAAAAAGUUAUUUCAUAUUUUGUUUGUGGAUUAUUAACCAAGGUAUUUGGUCUUUGCUCAGGCUGAUGUAUUUCCAGACACCUGAUACAUUUUUUUAGGCUGUACACGGGCAUCUUCCAACUCUUGUUCUCAUUAUUUUUAAAGUAAUCUGGAGGGUUUUUGUUCAAAGAAAGAAGAAUAAACAAUCAAGAGUAGAUUGUGUCAGUGGUAUCCUUAAGGAAUAUUUAAGUGUCUAGAAUCGUAGUUUCAACAUGCUGUCCUAUAAGUUGAACUCACGCACCUGACAAAAUCUUUACACAAGUUAUAAAAAUAUCUGUCUUUUCUUACACCUGUAGCUAAUUUCUUCCAACCACAGCCAGCAGCUCUUGAUAUAUCACCUGUGAGUUAUAUAAAUUUCCUUUAAGUGUUGGGUCCUGCUCAGGCUGACAGUCUCUCAGUGUGUGUGUGUGUGUGUGUGUGAGCAUCAGUGUGGCAGAGGGGGCAGUGCGUGUUUGCUGUGGUUCACUGUCAGUCGUGUCCCAGUUAGCAGACAGGCUGGGUCCUCGGGGAGCCGCACACCAGCGCUCUCCCAUACAUCAGCCUGACAGGCCAAGCUGCUGAAAGGCUGGCCGGACGGAUGGGGAGCUCACAGACUGGAUUGGCUCGGCUCCCGUGAAACAAAAACUCAAUGUUAUCAUCCGGCCUCAGCCUCCCUCUGAUGUCAGAGUGUUUUAUUAAGAAGAGAGUUACCUCCUCUGCCUGGAUCAUCUGUCUAGACUGCCACCUUGUCCUCUAAACACAGUGGAAGAAUCUGCUGAGAAGAUAAAUGCUGAUGUGUUUACUUUGGGGAGAAGUUUUGAAUCGCAGUUUGAGGAGAUUUAGACUCUUUCCAGGUUUUUAUUCAUAGGCUGUGAUAGUUUAGGGAGACGUAAUUGGUCAUACUUGAAUUGGAGCCUGCUGACAAAAGCAGAGGCUGGAUCAGUGGAGGGAUUGGUGUCUGUGAACCAUUGUGUCUGUUUUGCAUCAGGUCCAGCAUUUGGUCAUUUAGCUCUGUGCCUAAUGUGCAGAUGAGGGCAGAUUGCAGAGAGGAGGCUGCAGACUCUCAUUCAGGAGAUGCAGGGUGUGUGAGCCAGGCCUUGACAUGUCUUGUCAAAGGGCUGUGACCUCUGACCUCUCUCCAAAGACACUGACCUGGCCUUCCCCCAUUCUUUUCACACCGUCCAAUCACGCGCCCUUGUGUCCAGUCCACUGACCAGAUGGCUGUCUGAUAAAAGAUGGAGGGAUAUACAGUGAGCAGAUAAAAAACUGUACCCCCUCUCUCUUUCUCUGCAGCCGGAUUUUAAUAAAACAUCAACUUUUUAUGCCGACUCUUUAUUUCAGAUCCAAGGUGAUGAUUUUGCUGACGCAGUAGCAGAAGUGUACAUUUUAAGGAAACUUGAAUUUUCAGUCCAAUUCGAAUGACUCGCUCCUUUGUGUUGAACCUCAGCGUGUAAUAAUUCAAAUGUUAACUUUUCUGAUUAGCAUGAAAAUCUGCUGUAAAGAGGAUUUGAAUUGCAAAAACUUUUUUUUCCCUUCAAAGUCAAAUACUUUUGAGUAUUAACCGUGGAAAAAAAAAUCCCUAAGAAGUGAGGGCAAUGCGUUCAAUCAUCUGACUGAGUGGAGAGUAAACUGGGGGUCUGGAGAUCUGUGUAGACGCUUCUUAAUGGAAUGGAUAUUAAAGCCAUUCAACUGAGGCCAAUUUAUGCCGUUUCUCAUCCUUUUGUUCUCCUCCCUGGAUGAAAUUAGCCUCAGAUCUGGAGCAAAGCAAUCAAGUGUGUCACAAGGUAAAAGCUUGUGUGUUUUAAACUAUUAGCUCUUAUUAAAAACGUGGACGAACGGAUGUGAAAUACCUCCCUCUAUGUCGGGUUUUUAGUGUGCUCAUAUGUAUGCGGGCGACUUUUAGCAGAGCGAGUAUACUGGUGUGUUUGCAUGUAAACAGGCGAGUGUAAUGACUGGAUCAGCUGUGCGGGCCAGAUUAAAAUGAGCUCUCUGCCGGCUCAUUUCCAUUCCCAUCUGUCUGCUGACCUCUGGGAAGCCCUGAAAGCUGACAUGCUGCAUCUCUUUGGUCUUUGAUGGGCUUGUCUGCAGAGCGUUGACCCAGUCAGAUAAGACUCAAACCACCCAGAUACACAGAGUGGCAGUCCCAUUUAGUUUAGACUUCGUAAUCCUCGUGCAACAUUAUUUUUUUAGUCUUUUGUGUAGAGUUUGGCUCUAACUAAACCACUAAAAAAGAUCAUUUUUAGAGCAGCAGUCUGAGUCACACACGCACCCCCAUUCAGCGCCCAGCUCCCAACUGACCAGCCCCCCUCCUCCCUCGUCCCUGAAGACCAUCACCCUGUCUUCGCAGUGACUGCUGGCCAAAGCAUUGUGGCCGAAGCAGGGCCGGCGUGUCAAGGCAAAGGGGUCUCAGAAGCUCCCAUGGGUUGUGGCCUCUAUUCUGGCGAGGGUGACCCCAUGUUAAAAGGGUGUCAGCUGGGGUUCUGUCAUGGGUGAUGUGUGCUAAAGACCUGCCGCCUCCUUUGUUUGAGCGCCGGCCUUUCAGAAGCUGUGAAGUGCAGCCAUUUCUCUUUGUUUGCGCCUUGUCUCUGUGGGCGCAGCACGGACAGGUCUGUAACCUCCAGCCUCUCCCAGGGUGGGAAAUUUCUCGCUCGUGGGUUCGCCAUGUCUCUGGUUGGGUUCUAGGAGACAGAUCGAAAGCAGCGGUGGUGUCUGCAUGUCUGAUAGAGAUAGGGCGAGGUGGUGAUUAUUUUUUAUUGACCCUCAGUGGACUCAUUUCGCAAUUAUAUGAUCUUAUCAUAAAAAUUCUCUCAUAAACAUCUGCUGCUCAUUGUAAUGGAUCUGGGUAUGUAAUUAGAAACGCUUGGCCUCAUUGAAGUUGUUAAAUGAUUGUCUUACAUGUUCUUUUAAAAAAUUCCAUCUAUGCAACAAUAUGGUGAAAUUCUACCAAUGAUAUUGUCGAAAUGAUUCCAACUUCUGUUUUGAGAUACUCACACAAAGCUCUGGGGGUUUUGGUGCGAUGAAGAAACAACACGCUUGGUCCCGCCGCUUCACCGCUUUUUUAGAUCCCCACUCGGACAUGCGACUCUUAAAAUCAUCCUUACGUUUCUUCCUCGUGAAGGGUUCCUGCACAACUCUGGAUAGUACUGACAAAAUCAAUACACAAUAACACAAUACUCCCCUAGUUAAGCUUGUUUGUUUAUUUAUACAGCCUGGCAUCGUAAAUCCAGACAUUUAAUGAGUUGGAUCCUUCACUGAAGCAAUAAAUAAUCCAUAAUAAAUCCAAGUCUUGUGGUCAUCACUUAAAGUAUUAACAUUGAAAUGCACUCCAAGUGCAAAGGACACUUGAGUAUGCAAAGGAACAGUGUAUUCCUUUUGCAUGAAAGUGGCCCUUGUCAUAUUAUAUUAUUAAAAUGUGAGUAGAAUAUUUGAAUCUGAAACCUACUCAAGAACAUUUUUCAAGAAAGAAGCACUUACCUUCAGUCCUCUGCUUUUUACUGUAAGAGUGGGAGGACUGUUGUUGUUCUCAGAAGAUAGCCGUGUCUAGGGCUGGGGGAUAAACUGAAAAUUUACAGAUAAUGAAAUUUACAAUAACCGAGGUCAUUUUGCCUAUAUUGGUAUAUUCUGUGUCAAAAAAAUAAAAAAAUAAAAGUUGGUUUUGGAUGUGCGUAGGUAGGCUGUGGUCUCAUGUCCUUCGAAGACGUGACUCCACCCCAUUCAGUCCAUAACAAAGAGGGAAAGACAGGUGAGGGUAUGGAGGACGGUUCAAGAGUUGUAGCGGCUGAAGUAAAUGAAGUUAAUGUGGGAGGGGGGUGAGCAGAUUGUGGAGCAGUUAUCGUCGUUAUUGAGCUGCUCAAUAUAUCGUGAUAUUGAUUUGGGGCCAUAUCGCCCAGCCCUAGCCCUGUCUGUUAAAUGUGUGCAAAAGAAAAUCUGUUUUUGCAAAGUCAAAUGGCAAAAACUGGAUGAGACAAAUAAAUACAGAAUACAUUUAGAUGUAUGCUGUAUUUAAAUGUAUACAAACAGGUGCGCACAUUACAUAGAUUUACUCAGAAAAUAAAUACAAAUACAUCUUGUUCAUCUAUAAGAAAGACUUGGAAUAUUGAUUUUUUAAGGCAAAUUUUGGGAGUCUAAUUGUUUGCUUUUGUAUAAGAGGAUAAAAAUAAAUGAGAAACUGGGAGAACAGAGAGGGGAAUGGCAUGCAGCAAGGGGCCGAGCGUUGGAAUCACGCCUGGUCCCAUUGAAGGCUACAGCCUUCGUACAUGGGACACAUGAUUUCCCCGUUGGUCCCUCAUUAAGGAAAUCAAAUAUAAUGAUUUUGCAACUCUGACCUACAGAAAUUUUGAAUCCCUUUAUUUAAAACCGAAUUAACGACUAUAUCUAGUUGAAAUGUUAGCAAUAUUCCAGUAAACUGUACUCUAUUCGCUGUCUCUGUUCCUGAUCACUUUUGAGCCCACUUCUCUCUAAACCUCGAUGACCCGGUUCAGAACUGUUGUGUGAAAGACUUCUUGUAUAACUAGCAGAUAGAGCGAGGAAGAUGAUGAGUGUUGAACAAUGAUGAUGAUGAUAAUGAUGAUGAUGAUGAUGAGAUGAGGGAGGAGAUGAGACUGCAGUCCGUCGGUCCGUUUGUGGCGGAACAGAUGCCUGUAUGAGGUUUGUGUUAUUCCACAAUCAUCAUCAAUUCCUCCUCAAUCACCUCCUGAUUUCCAGCCCUGUGAUUAAGAGUCAGGCCCAUCUGGUGCAGAGACAGGAAAUCCUGGAGUCUGCAUCUGCUGCUGGCUGAGCUACACUAAGCUGCUGCAGUCAGGGAGGUGGGGGGGAGUUUAAACUCUGAUAAUCCUGCAUAACCCCUGGAAUGCCGAGACCACGGCGUACAUGAAAACGUCAUCUCUUCUGGACGCAGUCUUCGGCAACACAGACUCUCUCCUCUCUCUGUCUCACAAAGCGUUGAGACAAUUUGUGACCACUCCCUGUGGAGUUUGGUAAUUAUGACAUGAAUUAGAUAUACAGCAGAGAGCAUGUGAGAGAGAGAGAAAACAACAGAGCAAUUGCACAAACUGAAUCAAAAGCUCUUCUGACGACACUUCAGAGGCAUGAGAGAUUUGCAAUAUUUAUCCCCUUAAAUUUUCCCUCUCUCUCUCUCUCGCUCUCUCUCUCUGUCCCUGUAUGUAAUGACCUUCAGCUCUCUAAGCUACAGAACUGUUAGACCACAUUGGCGACGUGCUAAUGGAGCUCCAGCCAGAGCAGAAGCAGGCCCUGCUGGUGCCAUAUGACAAAUCGGCAUGCUGCUCUCGCCUACAAUCCGCCCACCGACCACCUCCAAAGCUAUCAUAAGGAUUAGCUCACGCAGCUAAAACCAAACAGACUGCUCAGUGUUCAGACGGCAUCCCGGCCAAAUCUUGUUCAUGCCUCCUGUUUCGAUGGCUAGCGGAUCACAAUCCGGGGCUGCCGUCGGUUCACUUGCAACUGGUGCGUUGCCAAGUUCGCCGCACAAGAGAAGGAGAAAACAUUGAAAAGGAGAAUGAAUGUUUCAGGGAUUUACACCAAUGCUUUGCUCUUUGGGAUAUGCAUAAUUAAAAAUUUGGAUUAGGUUGGUUUAGAUUAACUUUGAAUUCUCUGCCGGGUUUUUGAAGAGAGCAAAGCGGGGGAGACACAUGCGGUUUUUGGCUCAAUUUUGGAGGACUAGCUCGCACCGGGGACCUGUUUUAUGUAUGAUUUUGCGUGUGGGAAGGCAUGCACCUCAACAUUUGGAGGCCUCAGUCAGACUCCACGCACUCUCAGAGAGGACUCAUCCUCGGUUGGAGUCUGCUCCGUAAGCUUGUGAUUGGAGGGCGGCUGUGGUUGCUAAGCAGAGCUGCUCUUCCUGUGCUAAAUAAGAACUUCGUGCUCUCUGGCUGGUGGGCUCAAAGAAGCGCGCCGGAACACACACACACAUACACACACACACACACGCAGACUUACACACAUGUACGCACAGACGGCACAGUGCAAAGACCUCUUGGAGUACAGAGACCUCACCCUCCUCCAUGUACUGCCCAUCCUCUUUCACUGUGACCCUGGCGCUGUGACUCGAUAAGUUUCUCCCUCCUCCUCCCGCUUUCUUCUCUCUAACUCCUCCUCCUCCUCCUCACUCUGUAUCGCGCACACACACGCACACACCUCUCCCGCAGGUCAGCACCAUGUAAAGCUCCCCUCUUCAUCACCGAGACCUCCUUGUCUGACACCUCCUCUGCCCGGCCAUCAUCAUUCACCUCCUCAGUUUGACAUCUCCUCAACCCUCGAAGAACACACACGUACACAAAUAGACAUACGUACAUAAAAACACACACGCACAGACAGAGGCUCUCCUCCGCUGAGAUCUCCUACUGUACUCCCCCUCAUGCUGCAUUAUACUUAGAUCUCCACCUCCACUGUAGAGAGCACACGCUGUAUCAGACUGUAUUCAGACUGGCCUACAUACACCACACAUGUAUCAGUGUAACGCUGCAGGGCUGUGAGGGCUGAGUGUCUCCUUUUUUGAAGAUAGAUAGAUAGAUAGAUAGAUAGAUAGAUAGAUAGAUAGAUAGAUAGAUAGAUAGAUAGAUAGAUAGAUAGAUAGAUAGAUAGAUAGAUAGAUAGAUAGAUAAGUACUUUUGUCAGGAUGACCUCAUAACCAUUCGUUUCGAGAGCGAGGUAAAUGAACAAAAUGAGUGGGAUCCACAUUUUUAACUCUCCUGUUUUGCCGUCAUACAGCUGAUGUUCUCAUGAAUCUCGGGACAUUUCAUCUCCAAAUUUAAUAGAAGUCCUUCUUCUACAGUCUGUUAAGCUCUGACCCAUCAAACCAAAAAGAAAAUGUCAGACUCAUAUUAUUUUCUCCUCUCUUUAUCCCUCUGAAUAAAUGAGUUUACAGACCUGAUAGUGGUAGGAAAAACUGAUUGCUGACAUUUCGCUGGCUUUGUCUAGGUUCAUGUUUUCGUAUCAUGUUGUUCAGAAAUAUCAAUUUCUUGCCUUAUGGGGCGUUCGCACCAAGCGUGAGUAAAAUCAUCUCCUCGCUUAAUUCGCGCAAAUCUAGACGCGUGAAUGAACAGUAUGACUCGCUUCAUUUGCGUCAACGGUAAUUUCAAUGGUAAUCCCUGCCAAUUCAGCCAGCAGGAUCAAGUGAUAGACAAAGUUUUUUUACGAUUUACCAGGGAAUCCGACCUCCUCACUCACUUGUCUCCAGGCAGUUUCAGUAAUUAAAAGAAAAGGUAUCAUAUAAUUCGUGGCACCCACACACCAACAUGACCAGUUUGUCCUCCAUUUUAGAUACCAGUGAACAACCGUCUGUUUUCAUACGUCGACCGGCAACCUUUGUGCGAUAACCUUUGUAGUUAUUGCGACGCAAAUAUCCGCUCAAGUUGAGACAUUUUCAGAUUCCAGUAAUAGGAGCGUCUAAUCGCAUUUUUACAUCGACUUAACGUAAUUCAUUCACGCAAAUGAUUUUACUCACGCUUGGUAUGUGGAGACAGUUAGUCUGACUAAAAUCACGCUGAAUCAAACUCCUCAUAAUCAGGCGAAGAUGUCUAGAUAAUGCAGUUGGGGAUCGUUCAAACAGACUGAAUCUGACCUACGUUUUCUGCACAUGCCCCAGUGUUCACAUGCAGGGUUUUAAGUCGAAAGUUGAACAGCGUGAAUGCGUUGCUAGGACGCUGAGUGGUGAGCAAAACCCCCGGGGGGUAAAGUAAGACAUAUAUGCUAACUAUGAGUGUAUUCAGACCUGUGGCCUCCUUUUUAUUGUGAUGUGCUGCUGUGAUUUCACGUCGGCUGGUUACACUGUGAAUUACGCUGCUAUUAUCAAAUCAAAUCAAAUCAAAACUUUAUUUAUAGAGCGCUGUUCCUGCAUGGACAUACAACACAAAGCGCUUUAAGAAACAUAGAAAAACAAUUACAAAUAAACCCCCUCCCUCCUGCCCUCCAUACCACACAUAGACAUAUACGCACGCGCACCUGCACACUGUCACUAUUGACAAUUAUGACAUGCUACUAAGGGUAUAAUCAAGCAGAUAAACUCCAAAUACCUUGUGUAAACAAAAGACGCUGAAUUUGAGAUCUGAAGGAUUUUAAUUGCGUCCAACAGUCUGAGUGGAUAUCUAUAUAUGUCUCAGUAUAGGAAGGUGGAAAUACGGUAUUGGAACGUUUCACUUCUGGUUACGGUAUCAGACUGGCCCACUAGCUCAUAGGCUGUAUUGGAAGCAAAUCCACCAUCACAGUUGAAUUUCUCCUAGCGUGGUUUCUCAGGGGUCACAGCUUUGGCUUGUAUGGCAGAACAAUCAUUCAAGGUUGGUGAAAAGUAGCAAGCCCCUGUGUGCUCCUCAGAGCAGCUCGACAUGCUUUCUUGCAGAGACAGAGCAAUGCAGCAUUGUCAGCAGGCACCCAUAUCCAAUGAAUUCAGCACAGCUGUCCUAGCAGACUCUAUCGCAGUGACAGGGGGGAAAGUUAUUUAUUCAGAAUUACAAUCACCCCGGGAUCCGUCACGGUCAUUCUCCGCCACAGCUUCAACCGGUCAGGUGGAUGUUUCUCUCCCUCCUUGACCUUGUUGUUUAUAACCUCAUUUAAAAGCAGAAUAAGCUGUGUGUGUCCUCACAAAAAUAUCCCCCCUCUUGUCUCAAGUCUUGCCCCCUUCCCCACCUCUCGUUUAGUUUUCUCUGCAUCAAUACAGCAUGGUGUACAUUCACAGAGACAGGCGUGCAGAUGGGCUACAGUUGCUCACACGCUGAGGACACCUCUCCCCCCCACGCCCCGACUCCCCCCUUUUUUGCAGGUGUCUAAUAGUCCAGGGUUGCCCCGCACUGUGCUCUCUGUGCCGGCUGCCCAGCAUGUCCGCCUGCCUCCCCUGCGUUUGUGGCGUUGACAGGCGUCUGGCUUCAUUUCCAGCCAGCCGACGAGCGCAGACACAGACAGCCAUGUCCUGAAAUAGAGCGGGCCCACCCUUUAUCCCAUAAUGAGGGGACUAUAUAAGCCCUGUGUCUUAAGCAGUGUAUGACCGGUGUCAAGAGAGGAGUUUGUACACACACACAUCAUCUUACAAAACGUCAAGCUGCUUUUCAGAUUAUCAUCAUAAACUGUGUAAUCACCCCUCCUUUUGGCACCGACAACUUAAUCUGCCGCAGAGGAGUGUGUGUGUUUCAAUGCAAGGUCGGGCGACCUUUGAUGAUCUGUCAAGGUCCCUCACUGGAGAGUAAAAUAUGAAGAUUACAUAGGAGAGAAUAUGUCGACGAGAAGAAAACAAACCUCAGAGAUCAUCAUCAUGUGUGACCUUGUGUCGGUAGAAAGUUUGAAAUCAAAUGCAGCGAUGAUUGUCCGCUUUGGGCAUCUGUCCCAUAUGGAAUGUAUGAAUUAUUCCAGAGGUAAUAGUCGGCCAUUGUUGGUGCACUCAUCUUCCACAAAGACACCCAUCUCUGCAUGUCCAUAUUUAAUUCACCCCUUUCAGCUGCUGAACUGUACAUGCUGCUGAUAUAAUGAGUCCCUCCAAAGAGAUUAGUCGCCCUAUCAUCAUCACAGCUCCCUAAUUUCUCUGCCUUUGUUGUUGUGCAGGCUGCACUAAAUGGGAUAAAGGGGCUUGGCCGGACACAGUGGGAGGAAGUGGCUUUUGUGUCGCUAGCAGGUGCAGUGCAGUGACAGUUUUUUGGGGACGUAUGUGUGCGUGCGCGUCUGUGUGGCCAAGGCCAGGAGGGUCUGAGCCCCCUGAGUACACGUUGAGAUACAGCAGGAACCUCUGGAGCUCGACUCGAACCCUCAAUCACAGGGUUCCUCGGGGGUUUGCAGUAAAUUCUUCAGGCGAAUGGUUUUCUCUCCCCUUCCUCCUCCUCCUGUUUCUCUCCCUCUCUUUUUUUUUUCCUCCUGCUCACAUCUGGUGAACAGCGCUAGCACCCCUGUCAUCUUUUACUGCGUUGAGGUCAUUUCCACCCUAUCGGUAAAGUGGAAACACAUGAUGUGCAGGGUUCGGCCUUAAUGGGGUGGGGCUGGCAUGGACCAGCACUGACACAGCUUUAUAACCAAGAGUUGCCAAAACAGCCGAACUGUGGAAUGCCUCUAACUGUAAAAUUAAAGACGUUUUGGGUGAAUAAUGUCAGAAUAGAUAUAUUUCCCUCUCAGUUAUGCACCUACUAUAAUCAGUUGCAUAUUUACACAAGCGAGAUGUUGACAUAGGUUUUACUUUUACGUGGUUUUAGAUGUUUCUGGUGCAGUAAAGUUAGGCCAUGUCAAUCAUGAUACUAUAAAACAAUGAGUUAGCAUUGUUUUUGAUAAUGAGUACCAACCCUGGAAAGACUCCCUCCUUCUUUUUGGAGUUUAUCCACCUCGGUUCAAACUUUUAAAGUCUCUUUAGGGCCGGGCGAUAAAACAAUAACGAUAUAUAUCAAAAAUUAAUUUCCCUCAAUAUCAAUAUAAAACAUGGUCAAUAUGCUUUUCGAUAGUCAGCAUUCUGCCAUGUUUUGGUAGACUAUACAAAUAGCCAAUGAAAAGGGGAGUUUCUCUGAAGUGAACCAAUCAUGUGCUGAAUUAGAACCAAGUAGCAAACAACUGCGUAGUAGCAGACUGCAGCAACAUGCAACCAUAGCGCUUAAACGCGUGAAGCCGACAGCGCAGAAGCAGUGACACGCAGCAGAACAGCCGACCAUUCAGUCCGUUUUCUCUAGCGCAACACCUUACAGCAAAACGUAGAAGAGACACAAAGACCUCACAGAUGCAGUAGCUUAUUGUAUUGCAAAAGACAUGCUACCGAUAAGCACUGUUACAUUUCGAUAACGACUGAUAUGAAAAAAUUAUAUUGUGAUCAACUUUUUCCAUAUCGCCCAGCCCUAAUGCUGAAAUGUCUGAGCUGGGAAUGACGUCACACCCAAGUUGCUUAAAUAACAAAACUAAAAUAACAAAUGCUAAAAUAACUUUUGUAGACGUAGCCAUCUUGUUUGCCUCUUAUUUUGCGUUUUUCUGACUUGGUAACUGAAACGCUUGUAACUCUGGUGUGACGUCAUUCCCAGCUUGGACACCUGACUUCCAAGGUGACUCUAACGCAGCGUAAGUCUCUGUCAUUUUCAUUCUCCUUCUGAUCACUUUAUUAGCUCAAACUGGCGGGCGCUGUGGAUAGCGGGCGUGUCCGCAAAUUCGAAUUGGGAUUCUCCUUCAAAAAUAAUGUGGAUUCUCCCCAAUUCUGUGUCCUCAAACUCUUCACACCACAGCUCGCAGUGUGUGUGUGUUUGUGUGUGUUUGUGUGUGUGUGUGUGUUUCCAGGAAAUUGAGCUUGUGUCAUUUGUGAAAACACAGCUCUGCCAUCUGACACGUUUUGGUUGAUUUCUUGACGGUGCAUUAUGAGGAUCCGCUUUGAAUGAAUAAAUCGCCCUGACACGUUGACUUCUUUUUAUGGAAACACUCAAAUAUAUUCCUUCCAGUCCGAGCCUGUCUGUUUUUUUGUGGCGUUACGUUAUGCAACAACUUAAAGAGUUAAAACCACUUAAACACUUGAAGAUAAUCGUCUAAGUAUCUCAACUGUUUUAAUGGAGUUUUACUGUCUCUCUCCGUGUGUCUCCGAGCAGAUUCCAGUCUCACUGUGGUUUCCAUUUUGUGGCAGACAGAGCUGCAGUGUAAAAAGGGUGGGCUGCAGUCAGUCAGUCAGUUACAGUCUGUAAGUAGACUACAGCUGCAUGAAUUUUCAUUUUCCCGCCGUCCAGCGCAACUCCAUCACUGACUGCAGCAGCACUUGUUAUUGAGGGCACACACUCCUGUGCGGCGAGCCUCUGUCCUCAUUACCUCUGCAGCAGCUUUAGCUCUCUGCCUUUGUUCUCUCUCUUGGCUUGAAACUGGAGAAUAUGGAGAGAAGUGCUGAGGCUGCAGUUAGCUCGGCUGCCCACAACUUCUGCCGCACAGAAAAAAAACACAGCGCAGACAACCACUACCACCACCACCGCCCCCCUAAGUCCUCUUGUCUACAUAUUUCCUGAGAGCCAACCCACAGGGGAUGCUCCGGUUUGAUUCAUCCUCCUGACUCGGUUUUCUCUCCACUUCUUAGACUCUUAUUUGUCUUCCUCUCCUGGCUGCUUGUGUCACUUACUCAUCUGACGUACAGUUUACACCCUUAACUGUAUAUUUCUGACCUGGCCUACUGACCACAUGCCCCUUGCGGUCAAUCUGCUGCGUGAAAACUCCAAUAGACGUGCUCCUCGGGGGCGUUAAACAGCAGCCGCGCAGAGUGGCUGGAGGGACAGUAAACUUUUAUCACACUAAUAACCCGCAGCCACAGCUACCUUAAUGGCUUAGGCAGCCAUGGCAGGGGUUGCCUGGAGGUCAGGUUGAAUUGCAGGACAUAAAUGGAAGCUUCCAAGUGGUAGAGCAAAUAAAGGAAAAAAGAAAAAAGAAAGGAAGAGCAUGUGAGGUGAGCGGAGGGGGGAAGAAAGUUGUUAUUGGAAGAGCCGAUAAUCACUUAAAUUGAUUUGCAGUAAAAAGGAAGCCAUAGAUUGGACGGCUCUUUUAUAACAGGGCGAUCUUUGGCCUUUUAACCCCUUUUUCCCAACCGACUCUCUCCGCACACUUGCAAACCUUGGACUCGGUCCGAGCGCGCCGUCAAAGGGCAACAACUCCUACACAAGUGACACAAGAGAGUGAAAAGACUCGAGUUUGCCCAGUUCUUGGUGCAAAAACAUGGCUCAGAAAAGCAGAGGAAGAAAAGAGAGAGAGAAGGAGAGAGAGAGAGAGAGCAGGGACUUGUUAAUGGAGUUUAAAUCUAAACUUUCUCUCAGAUUCCUCUCCUUCUGGCUGAGGUGGACGGGUCUUGAGAGUGUUUGUUUUAGGUGAAGUCAGAGCUGGAACAGUGUGUUGUGAACCGCAGGCCAGACUGUGGUUCUGCGGUUCAGCUCCGACCUGAAUGCAGACUGCUCUGUUUGUUUUGCUUCUCCGUUUCUCAGGGAGAAAUUCAGAUGCUGCCAAAGUCCUGCGCUCACACCCAAGGCACGCAAAUAAAAACGACUUCACACAGACGCAAAGAAAAAGAAAUGUACCGGGGUGUAGUCGCAUGCAUCUGGACCUCACCACCACCGCCAUGACCUGAGUUUCAGGGGUCUCUGCUGUGUCAUCUCGUAAAAGGGCUCUUUGGGAGAUGAGAUGGCAUUUGAUUGUUUCAGUGGCAGGAUGUUUGUGUGUUUUGUUCCAGGCCUUUUCAUAAAUAGCAGUUUUUAUGUUGCCGAGGUCAACUGGUUUUACUAGACUGGAGAGGCAAGUCCAGAGGCAAGGAGGCCUCCCCGCCAUCUGGCAGCCAUAAAAAAAGGGGGAGCAGGAGGUUUUUUAGCAGGGUUUAUGAGAUGGUAGAGGGUGAGACACUGAGGAAAGAGGAGGAGGAGGAGAGACAGAGUGGAUGGUGGACUCUGGUUGCCCCCGAGCUGCAAAGCUUCCUCUGCAGUCUGAAUGACAGGUCAGAAGUUCAUUGCCUUCUUUUUCAUCCUGCAUCUGCCUUGUAAGGUGAAAGAGGUGACGGCCGGUUCAGAGUUCGAGGGCAAAGGAGAGGACGUCACCGUGAAGCUGUUAUCACUGCUGAGAAUAAAGAUGUAUUCUGGGCCGAGGGGGAGCUUUGUUGUGAUUUAACGAGAUUGCUGUAUUUAAAAGGGGCUUAAGAGAGGAGGGGAAAAGCGCUUCCUUGAUGUCGCCGUUUGCUUGUUUUUCCUGUGCAGACGAUCAGACCUGAGUCCUACAGAUGGUGCAGAAUUAUGUGACUGCGUAAACACUGGUGAUUCAAUGGCUUGGUGUUGUUUGGAUAUGCGUCAGCCUCUCAAACGCGGCCUGCACACCACCGCUAACCGAUUAAUGAGCAGUAAGUUGUUUUGUGCUGCUUCACAUCCAGCAGGAAAAAAAAGCAAGACAGUCAGGUGGUGGCUUAAUUUUGUUUGCACAUCUGAAUUAAGGGCGAAUAACAACAUUGUUAAGCCAAGAAAAUACCAGAGUUUGGGGCCGGUGAGAUUCUCAUGGAGAUUUGAGGGAUAAAGACCCUCCUGAGAGUCUCAGUUAUGUUCUGCUGGAAGAUUUUCUUUUCCCCUGUCUUUUAAGAGCCCAAGCUUGGAGCUGUCUGCUCCUUCUGAAGCUGGAUGCUCGGUGUUAUAGGUUUUCCAGAACGGGUUAUCAUUGCAGAGGACUGUGCUGCUUUGCUGACUCUGGCACUGAUAUCUCCCAUAGAGAUUUCAUCUUUUGUUAUGCUGCAGCUGAGAUGUGUUAACCCUUUAGCCCCUUUAAGAUAUUUAGCUAAUGGAGGUUGUGAAGCCUCUCGGUCCAUAUUUGGUGUUUUUUACAUCGAAGUCAAUGUUUUUGUCAUCCGAACAAAGUGGUAUUGACCCAUCUGUUUUUUGCCCAAUUGGGGAUGGGUAUUUUCGACCCUCUGCUGCUUCGCACAGUUUGUGUAUGAAGAGAGAAAAAGUGCUGACAGCAAAAGAAUGAGAGCGUGUUUGGCAGGCACGCCCUUGUAGGUUUCUGUGUCACUCAACUCUAAUAAAUUUUUAAUCGUUUCCUUGCUGUGGUAUAGAGCUCAACACGGCUCUGCUCAGUCACACGCUAUUUAGGAGGCCCUUAUUCUGUUUAAACUCAUAAAAAAAGGGGAAAAUAACAGGUAGAGCAGGAAUUUUCACUCAUUAGGACCAUUACAACCAGUAACAGAGUGAUAUAUAUAACUGUGAACACAGAGGACCAGUUUAAGGCUACUUUCUUUUAGCUUCCUAGCAUGAUAAAGCUAGCAAGAGCGUAUAAAUGAAAAUCUGAAAGUGAAUUAAUAUUUUUUUUGAUUGGAAUAUUCAUCGACUGGAAUUUAAAAGUUGUAUUUUUCUCACAUUUCUUUAAGAUUCAGAUUCAAUAUUUGGGGGUUUCUGACCCACCAAGACAAUUCUUUGAUUAUGGUUUUAUAAUAGGCCAAAUGUCAAACAGAUCAGGCAUAUAUACCUGAUCUUUUGUGUGUGCAUCUGUGUGUGUGUGUGUGAGCGUUUGAGUGCUGCAUGUGUUGAAUGGGGGUGGGGAGGGUGGGUGGAGUUUGGUAUUUGUAUUUGUAUUUAUUUUAUUCGAUUAUUUUUAAAUAUCCUGCGAAUGGACAGCACUUUGUGUGACAUUCUAUGUAUGAAAAGUGAGAAUAGAGUAGAAUAGAAUAUUCCUUUAUUGAUGCCCCAUGGGGGACAUUUUUUUAAAUUUACUUAAAUAAAUGUUCUAAUUAAGAAAAAAAAAAUAGAAAAGGAAAAAGGGAGAAGAAAAUAAAUUAAUAAAAUAAUAAAUAAAAUAAAAAUAAAAUUGAAAUUAAAAAAAGAAAUAAAAAAUAAAAAUUUAUACAAUAUAAGUGCUUUAAAAAUAAAGUUUGAUUGAUUGAUACAGUGCUCAGCAUAAAUGAGUCCACCCCUUCAAAGUUGUCAGAAAACCUUCAGUUUCCUUUCAAAAUCAACAUUUUCUAUGUCAGACUACACAACAAAAUACUCCCUCAAAUGUAGGUCAUUGAUUGAAAACAAGAUUUUUUUAAGUUGCAAACAAAAAAUUAUAUAUUUUUUCAAUUUAAUAUCAAAAUGAGUACACCCCAAUGAAUGUUCUGUGAGCAAAUCUAAAUUUUAGUUACCAUAUCACCCUUAUUUUCAUCUUAUGGUUAAUAAAAUAUCAAAACUUUGGAAAUCGUACUUUUGCUCAUCUAGAUAUUGACUAAUACAUUACUUUUAAUAGGGGGUGUACUGACUUGUGCUGGGCACUGUAUGUAUAAUCAUAAGGUUCUCCAAAGGUACAAAGGGUCUCUAGAUGCCCUGUAAAAUGGACACCACCACAGUGUAAUGUGCUGUAACCCUUCAGGCAAAUACUGCAGGAGGCUGAGCUCCUGAGUGUCAAUUCAGAGUCCUCAUUAUUAAGUCUAUUGGAGUGUCUCCAAAAAUUAUCAUGACAAUAGUGCUAAAUAUACUUACAUUGCCAAGAACAUUGAUUGCACUCGACAAACUUUACAGAAAGCAUCAAAGGCACCUUCAAAGGCGGCCUCGGUCAAAGGAUUCAGCCGGAGACUCGGUGAGAGCCUCUCAACAUACUUUGGUCUGUUUAUUCGCUCACACUCUGCGUCAUGUCAGAAUCCAGAGCUUUGAGAAAAAGGAGUGAAAUAAAGCACAGGCCCCUGAUUGAGAGGCUGGAAAUGAGGGACUCUGCUCCUGCUUUAGUGGUUCCGUCCACUGCAGUGAUUCAGGGGAUAAAAAUGUGGCCUGUGUCUCUUUAAGAGCGCUGGCCUGUCUGCAGAAUGCAUCAGUCCUGUGGAGCAGACACAGGCCAGCAGCAGCAGGAGGAGGAGGGGGAGAGAAGGGAGGAGCAUGGGGUUCUGCGGAGGGAGGGAGGGAGGACAGGAGGGAACAGCCGCAGUCUGGGCUUCCAGCCUCCUGGCUAGACUGCUGAAAGUUAUUAUUGAGUUCCUGUGUAGGGCCUCCCCUCCCUGCGGCAUACUCCUCUGUGCUCACUACGAGGCGGACGGGGAGUGAGGGAGAGGCAGAAAGAAAAGUUGGCAGCGUCCCAUGCCCCUUUGCAGUGACCUUAUAUGCAACAAAUAAAGGAUAAUUUUGUUUGAUUCUGUGUUUUUGCAAGGGCGAAGCCUCUGAAAGCCCUGUAAGAUUCAAGAGCAGCCACACACGCACUCACUCACGCUAAAGGCCCUACAGCUGCUCAACAGCAGCUGAAACUGCAGCCCCGGCUCACUGUUGUCUUAAGUUACAGUUUAGCAGACAUGUCCUGUUUUCUUAGGAAUGGCCUUAACUAGUCAAGACAAGAAGGUUGACGGUUCACCACUGUGAAAGCAGCGAACUAAAUCCUCUCCUGGCGUGCUAAGUGAUGAGAAUGAUUCAAGGACAGAUGGUGGGAGGAUGACUCCUUCAGUCUCCUUCAAAUAACUUUACAGAAAAAGGUGGCUAUGAAUUAGAAAUGUGCAUGAAUGUCGAACUGAAGACUCCACUUUGUAUCUACUUUGCACCACCAGCAGCUUCUACUCUCUGUGUAGAAUGAUCCUCCUGUAGGUUGUCUCGUCAGCGUCCACCCCGCAGGUCUUAGAGAUUUGCAGGCAAAGGCCACGGAGAUUACACAGUUACACACAUGAUGCCCUACUCUCAGGCCUGUGCCUGCCUGCAGCACUAAUCCCUGGCCUGCCUAGCACCACAAAGCGCCUGCGUCCUCCCUCCAUCGCAGCCCACCAGGAGAGCGAGAGAAAGACAGACUUUUAUGUAAUGCUGGGUCCGGUGCGUUUGUUCUGAAACCUGCUGCUGCUGCUUCAAGCGAGGCUCCCCCAGGUUAACAGAACCCAGCUGCUGCCUGUCCUACUGUACUCAACGGCGUCAUGGCUCUGGCUCGCGAGAAAAGCCUGGACCCAUGCAGCACCUGAGGCUCGUCAGGUUUUCCUGCGGCAUGUCACAUCUGUGCCCUGAUUAAUCCCAGCCCUCAUUCAUGGUCAGUGCGAUCACUCGGCCUGUGUUUUAAAGCCGUCUCAGGCUGGGUUUAUGCAGGAAAACUGGGCGAGGAAAAGACGGGGGGAAGGGGGGAGGGCUGGCGCUGAAAUGGGUAUUUUGUGGAGUUCUGUUUGUUGAGUCAGAGCUUAGUUGGGCUCUACUGUUAUGUGGUUGCCAUGGAGAAAAACACAGGCUCUUGUGCAAUAAAAAAUCAUCCAGGAAAAGACAUUUCCAAGAAUUUUUCAGAGUCGAGAAACAGACGGCAAAUUGCAGAAUUCAUGAGGUGCUGCGGUCCACCAGCGGCCCCUUCCUAGCCCUCCAUUUUAGAGCACUCGUAUUCGUUUUAUAGACCCUGCAAGGCCCGAGCCCUCUCACCUAAUUACUCCUGUAAGCAGAUAUGUUUUCCUAUGAAUGGAGGAGGGAAACAAAACCGGUGUUUAAGGAUGGAAUGUGUGAUCUUAGGAACGGAUGUUGUGGGUGUUUUAUCCCCUAUUUCCCUUACAGACAAUUCCUCGAACAAGUGGAAACAAGUGAAAAGCUAUUUGAUCUCUGUCAAAUAUUACAAUAUACACAGACGUGUCCUGUGAGGCCCCUUGAACGUUUGAGUCAGAUCGCUUCUCUGCCAGGGCAAAGGGAAAAUUUUCAGAGGCAAAAACUCCCAGUGUCGGUUUGAAACUGUGUUGAUGGAUAAUUGGUUGGAGUCUUAUAAAAGACUUUUUUCUCUCUCUCUUGGAGCUAUAAUUCUCCCCUUGGUGACGUCAAGGCUCCUCUAAUAUGAGGUCUUUUAUUCUUACCAUUUCCUGUCUCUCUGAAUGGACUCAUUAGCACUUUUCAAACAGGGCGGCUUGCUGGUUGAGCUUCCUAGCCGUAGAAAAUACCUCUGAUGAAGUAGCGAAGAAAAAACAGCACAGAACAUGAUUUUGUUCGGAGAGUAGUUUAUCUAACAAGAUGGAGCGGGUGUACGACGAGAAAAGACUUAACUCCAAAAUCAGGAGAAAUAAGAGUCGAAAAAAGCAAACAGCAAACAGACUCACAAACUAACAAAGUAGAUACUCAACAAUGUUUUCAGGACUCGUGUGAAGUUUAUGUUAAACUUUAAUCUGAUCUAGAUCUGUCGCAAUAUCAGAUCACAUCGCAAUUAUCAUGGCCAUAAUAUAUCAUGAUAAUACAACCAAGUAUUAGCGCCACAUGAAGACAAAAAAAAAAUAAGACUUCGAGAUUAAAGUAGUUAACUUACGAGAUAAAAGUCAUUGCAAAUGAGAAAAGAGUUGUGAUAAAGUAAUUACUUAUGAGAAUAAAGUCGUAAUAAAAUCAUUACUUACAAGAGUAAAGUCGUGAUAAAGCAAUUACUCGCUAGGAAAAAGUCAUAAUAAAUAAAUUAUGAGAAUAAAGUCGUAACAAAGUAAUUACUUGUGAGAUUAAAGUCAUAAUAAAGUCCUCUUAUUCAAAGCUGUUGUUUAAGAUGACAGUUGUUGAGAUGAGAGCCAUGGAGGAUUUCAUGAAAAUGUACUUUAAUAUCGGUUUCUCAAACAAGGAGAUACUUUAUCUUUUGGCACAUCGGCACCACAUUAUCAUAAGUAUCAUAAUGAUUUUAUUAUGAAUUUAUUCUCGUAAGUAAUUAGCCUACUUUAUUAUGACUUUAUUCUCAUUAGUAAUUACUUUAUUAGGACUUUAUUCUUGUUAAUACUGACUUUAUUCUUGUAAAUUAACAACUUUAAUCUCAAAGUCUUAAUUUUUUCUUCUUAAUGUGGACUGUUGUAUGAUAAUGAUAUAACAGGAUAGAAACUGCUGGUCAAAAACUCCUUAUAGAAACUUUAGAAAAAGAAAAACAAAUAGAAAGCAAAUCUCGCCCAAGAUAAAUUAAAGAGUGAGGACAUUAAAUCGAUGCCCUAAGGGAUACUUGAUUCCACUCCAUGCCUGUAAGCUACAUUUGAAGUUCAUUGCUAAACAUACUAAAAGAGUCGUUAAAUUAGACAUUAGGUGUGUACUCAAACAACGCAUCAUUGUUCAAAGGUGUUAUAAACCACAGUGCAGGAGCGUGGAUUCGGUUUGCUAACCUGGUGACCGUAGAGGCACCGUUUUCAACACAAUGACCGCAGUGGUAUCUAUAACUUUCAGCAGGAUUUAUUACCUCGGUUCAACCAAUUAGCUGGUGAGCAGUUCUCAGGACGUACACUGUCAGUGAAAUGACAUCACAUGGGACCCUGAGUGACUAGUGACCCUAACUUCACCUCACCCUCUCACAGCUUUUACGACCUCCUCCCCUAAAUCCCCCCCAUGCCCCAGUCCUGUCCCUUCACACCUUUUAACCUCUGCUAUUCAUCCCAUUUUCAUCUUUCCAAAUAAACCUGCCACCUGCCUUCCUCCUCGCUGGCCGUUCAGGGGGCAUGUGGUCACGUGGCUUAGCUUACCAGGGGGCGCGGCGGCACUGACCACAGCUCAGCUGACUGCGCGGUGAGCUGCUUAAGCUUACAAAGAAAAAAAAACUAAAGCCGCAAUGUUUGAUCGGUGACAUUGUUGUCACUAUAAUUUCUUCAGCUGAAAUUAGCCAUAUGUUCCUGAGUGUGUAGUUAUAGCUGCUCAAACUGAAUUAUUUAUAACUCGAGGUCUGCUUGAAUUACUUUAUAUUUUUAGUCUGCAGGAUGCUUCUGAAAUGGUUGCAAAAAAAGAAAAAAAGGGGGCUGGCGAAUGAGUCAUCCAAAGUUUUACAGUAAAAAUGUUUGAGGUUCAAAGUUCAGUGAAUGAAAACUGAAAAUUUGUUGGUUUAAGACUGUCGAUUAAAAAAAAAUCUGGGACAUUAACUUGGAGUUUAUUGAGGCAAUAAACUUCAGAUUGUUUACACUUAUAUCCAAUUUGAUCCAAUAAUAAAUUUUGAGGGUGUGAGUUAGAUGACUGUUUUAAAAAAAUGAGAAGGAACAGAUAAGAAGUGAGGCUUUUUUUAAUAAGACUGAAUGGCUAAAUUAUUAAUAAGAAUGUUUAUAUUUGUUGGAUAUAUAAUAGAUGUCCAUUAGAGUGACUCCUAAAGUAGAGCAGGUGUACUGUGUACCUUGAAUUUUACCCUAAGUGCAUUAUCAGAGUAUUAGGAAGUGUUGGUAAUUAAAGGACAAAGAUUGAUUGUACUCUCUGUGCUCAGCUGUCAAACCAGAGAUGUGACCGUCCAUCUGGCCCAUCAGUCUCUCAGACAUGGAGGUCUAGACGCUGACUGAGUCCAGACUGCUGUUUCAUGCAGUCAGUCACUCUUCCUCCCCCCCUCCGUCAGCCUCCUCCUGCCCUGUGAGGGAGGUGCAGAGGAGGCGUCCAGUACCAGGUACUGCCAGUGAUAUAAUGGUCUGUGUAUUCCGAGCUGUAACUGUUUGGGUUGUGGAGAGGUUAUCCAGUGACAUUUUAAUCGUCUUUCUGCCUUCUUUGCCGUGGCAUUAGUAUUAAUCUGCGGGAUUAAAUCCCAGCCAGUCAAACACUGGACUUGCUGUCUUGUUAUAGAGCAGAGGGGGACCGGCAAACAGCGAGAACGGCGGCGCACACUUCCCUGCGUGCAGGCAGGGAUGUGCUUAUCAGUGACAGACCAAGGUUUUCAGUCUGUGGACAUCAGACCUCUGAUGACAGGAGGGUUUGUUAACACGCAUGACGGGCUCGGAGGGAACAGAGCUGCUUUUUAUCAGCAACAAAACACAGAUUUUCACUUCAGUCUUUCAAUACUCUAAAAAAAUCCAGCAUACAUCCCUGUUUCCUUUUUAUUAUUGCAUAAAAUGAGUUAUUCGCACAUUUAAUGUUCAACACUCCUGGUUAUUUCAAAGUUUUAAAACGAAAUUUAGCAAAAAAAAAUAUUGAAAUAGAGCGUUGAAAUAUGUAGCUUAAUAGCAUGAUGGGAAAUGUAGAAUUCAAGGCUGUUUGUAUGGACAGAAAUAUAGGAGGACUCAGCUUCUGCUCCCAUUGCGUGAUUUUAUUCUGAUCUUUCUUGAAAGUAUUCCCAAAUUAAAGAAGAUGCAUUCAUGUAAAGUUUUAUCUUUUAUAAACCAAAUAUUAUGUUGCUUCUAGAUCUUGAAAUUAGCUUGUUCCUUUUCUUGCAAAAGACAGAAAAUGCCCCUUGUUGAAAAAGGAUAUUGUGGAUAGAACAUCUCCUUUAAAUAAAUAAGUCCCAAAUGUAAAAGUAAGUAAUAGAUCGUUGAAACGUGUAGUCCUGCCUCAGCAGCAGAGCCUCAGACAGUCAGUCAGUCUAAUGCCAGGGGAUUAAGCUUGCAUGGCAAAGAUGGCGUUGGCACUGCUGCACAGAGGAGAUCAAGUUGUGUGAAGGCACGCACACAUGUAUGAAAAGACAGGAAGCUGCAGCCGCUCAAACAGACUUAAACACUCCUGCACAUUACACAAGGAGACACAAACAGUCUGGAUUGAUUGGCCAUUUUUGGACGAUGGUGAAAACAGCUGAAAAGUAGUGAGGAUACACACUAGGGCUGGGCGAUAAACAGAAAAUUUACUGAUACCGAAAUUUACGAUAAAAACAACGUAUAACCCUAAAUCCAAAAAAGAAGUAAGAAGUCUUUCCAGGGUUGGUGCUCCUUAUUAGAAACAACGCUCACUCGUUGUUUUAUAGUAUCAUGAUUGACAUGGAUGGCUUUAUUGUACCAGAAAUAGGGCUGGGCGAUUAACCGAAAAUUUACCAAUACCGAAUUGUACGACAAUAACCAACGUCAUUUUGCCCAUUUUGCUUCAUUCAGUGUCAAAUAAAUAAAUAAAUAAAAGUUGGUUUCAGAUGUGUGUAGAUAGGCUGUGGUCUCAUGUCCCUUUAUGACACUGUCCUACGUCGGUGACAUGACUCCACCCCAUCCAGCCAUAACAAAGAGGGAAAGACAGGUGAGAAGAUGGAGGACGGUUCAAAAGUUGUAGUAGAAGUAGACGAAGUUAAUGUGGGAGGGGGUGAGCAGCUUGUAGAGUAGUUAUUGUCCAUUUAUCGUUAUCGAGGGGAACUGCUCGUGAUAUUGAUUUGAGGACAUAUCGCCCAGCCCUAAUACAUACAAAUUUAGACACUUUCCAGAAGACCCACUUUGUAUUUGAGAAUUGCUGAAACUCAAAUUAGAGAAGUUUUACUAAAUGGCGAAAUCUGUAAUCCGUUCACUUUCCAAUGGGAGCCUUUGUUGUCUUCUUCUUAAAGGUCUCAUGGAUGCAUUAUUGGGUGUAUGAGUGAAUGAAUUGGCAGCGUUCGGGAACACUAAAUUAAACUCCAUCAUAAACGCGGGUCAGCUGGAGUCUGUCUUUGCUCUUUCUCUGUCUUCCUCGUUAACCUCCAUCCCCUCCGGCCUCUUGGUUAGCGCUGCAGCUGCUCCUGCGUUAUAACUGUGCUAAAUGUGAAUGGAAGCAUAAAGGCAUUGUGUGUGCAUGUGUAGGACAGUGUGUCUGCAUGUGUGUGUGUUUGUGUGUGCCUGUUUUUAUUGGUUUGCAGCCUUUAUUGGUUUGUGUCUUCGCUCAGAUCCAGUCUGCAGUCUAAUGUUAAACUCUCGUAUACUGACGGUGCAGCAGUAGGAGGGCUCAGACAAACUAUCCGCUGAAUUUGGCGCCAUGUGCUUCCAUAAAUACACCAUACAGGGAGCACGUUUCAUUUCCUAAGAUAACUGUGCCUCACAACCAUACCAAACAUGCUCAUGCUAAUAAUGUAUAAUCUACUGGGAUGUCUGUUUCAUGUCUUUCAUUCUCGGGUUUCCGCGUCUGUUGAAAUAACUUAUUAGUUCUUUGUGCUGCAAGGUCUUCCUCAGAGGAAGAGGAGUGAUUUGGACUCUACUGUCCACACACUGUACGAAAAGGAAAGGCAGGCAUGUUCACGUUGUUAUGGUUGCCGUGUUUGGACCUGAAGUGGAAUUCAUUUCUCACCGUGCAAUAGUACAGUAAUCUUUCCUUUUGUUUGCUCUCGCCGCCGAGAUGAUCUCUUUCGUGUACACGCAGGAAAUACACGUCAGUCAGGAACAGGUUUUAUCAUGAUGCGGAGACUAGAAAUAAAGCAUGUCAUUAAAAGAUUAAAGAGAGUUCAAGGUGGCUUAAUAGAUGCUGUUUGAAUUUCGGCUUGAUGUAUUAUCGCAUUGUGUGAAAUGAAUCACAUGAAGAAAUAUACUCCUACAGGAUGUCUUGCUUGGAAAAAAUCAUCACCUGGCAAAACACUGGGUCUACAAAUUUGCCCUAAAAACCUUCGAACAUACGGCAAAAAAACUGCAAUAUUGUGACACCAUUAAUAAAAUCACUUUAGAUUUUUACAGAAAUCAGCAUCUAGAUCAGUCCUUGAGUUCAUCUAUUGAAACAGAAGCAAAUCGUCCCCAUAGGCCAUGAGUAAACCCACGUGAAAAAAGUGGGUAGUCCUACUUUUAAUACUUAAAGUGCAUGUAAUUAAAGCUCACGUGAGGAACUUCCUGUUUGUUUCAACGUGUGCACCCUCCCUGGACAAAUAUCUUUCGCCGAGCCUGUCCUGCACAUGUUUAAGUUGCGUCUGACAAAAAUCUCAUCCUCCCUUCACACAACGAGAAUCUGCUCUGCAAAAAUGUGAAUUUAAAGAAGACUUUUCUGCAGUGUGCAGAGGUUAAGGCGUUACAGACAAAACAUAUAGGUAAAGUCCACUUUCUCGCUGAUCUUCCUGUUUGCUUUUGCUGCUCAUAAAGAGACAUCGAAAUUAAAUUCGGUCUGUUUCCAGCUAAAACCUCCUCGCAGGAAACACAACUUUUGCAGCUUUGGAAGCUGGUCAAGUCAAAUCUGCCUGAGACAGAUUUACGAUCUGUACAAACGAUAUCAAUUCACCUUUUCAGACUUCAUUAGAUGGAGGGAAAAAAAAACCUUUUUAUAUGCAGCAAACUGAAGUUUAUUCAUAUGUACAUAAUGUAUUUGUAAAGAAUCUUCUCUUUCCCUCACACAGCUCUCUUUAUAAAAGGUCAAAAAGCGUAAAAUGACGCUUUACAAUCCCAUCUUGAAGCUUAAUGUGUCAGACAUGAUGAGACAUUUUUCACCUUACGAGACAGCAGCUCGACCUGCGUCCGCCUCAGCCCUCAUCAAGUCCCAAUCCUAAGGACAAUUAGGACAAUCCAAUAAGCUUUACUGUAAUGCCGGCCUUCUGCCAAGCCCUGCAGCUCCCUCAGCGUGUCUACACCGUCAUGCCUGAGCACAAAUAUAUCCUCAGCAUGGACGGGGACAAAGUAAACUGCAAAAUUAAGCUAAGAUUUAGAGAGGGGAAAUGAGAACUCGAGCUGUAUCUUGUGUGGAGCUGGGAUGAGGUUUCAGGGAUAUUCUGGGCAGCUACCAAUAAUUUUCCCCCAGCUGUUAGGAGGUGACCACAGGGCUUUAUAUAAAUCAAGGGGCCGUCGUACAAUUUGUGCAGCGAGAGUCGAAUAGAAAGCUCAAGGCAUCCCUGUGAACAUCCACACCAAACUACAGGCAUCGUAUUACUAAAACUAGUAUUCUCUCACUUCCAACUAAGGUCGUUACUGGAGCGAGCCGUGCCAGUUGCUGUGCCCUUGAGUGAGACAGCGCCCCAAUAAGCACAUGUCGAUCUGAGGAUUACAUUCAGGGCUUUAGGACGGGAAAGGAGGCCGUAAUCUGAAACUGUUGUGUCUUGUUGCUGUGCACUUUUCUUAAUGCUAUGCUAUCAUGCAGCAUGCGUUGGUAUUGUAUGACUGUUGCCUGAGGAAGUUCAGCUGGAGGAUCUAUUUUUGUCUCGCCAUAUGAGAGCUUCUGAUUUCUGAUUCCUCGACAAUUCCAUUUGAUUUUUUUCUUUUUCUUUUUUUUGCCUGAAUCAAAAAUUCUGAAAACAUAAAAAAUCUAAGGUUAUAAAGAGCAGGAAGAAGUUUGAACUCAAUGAUCACAAUGAUUGGAAAUAGGAGAAAAAGCUAGUGCGGCUCAUUUAGUGGGAAACAGAGAUCAGGUGCCGUCACCUCUGGAGCUCAUGACAUCUUGUUUCUAGUACUGAGUUUAAGCUUCACAGUCACAGUCACAGUACAGACAUUUAGGGUGUAAAAUAGUAAAGGUUAACUUGAGUAACACCACUGAAGUCUAAUAAGAAUUGAAUUGUAGGGAUUUUUUGUGUUUUAUCUGCAGCAGCUGAUGAUCGCUACCCCGUUGUUAGUCUUUGGCCCUUUUGCAAAUAAUGUCCCAUGCACCAAUAUCAGUAGAUGUUGCUGUAGUUGAUUAAUUCAACUACAACAUAAUUAAACUGCAACAUAUUAUGAACCAUUUGCAUAUUACGUUGUUUAAUUCUUAGCUAACACACUGCAAAUGAUAGUUUUUGCAUUUACUCACGAAAAGAUAUUGAAUAAGUAGGGAUGGGCAAUAAAUUAUCAUUCAUGUUAUAUCAUCAGAAAAAUCUUCCAUGAUAAAUAUUUGCCAUCUCAUGAUAAAUACGAUAAAUGCAAGAUGGUGAAGUAAGCGCAAGCGACGGACUUGCAGCCAUAGCCCAGACAGAGCAGAAUAACAAACAAAGAUGGCUGAAGGUAAUGAAGAAAAAGACGUUUCUGAGCAGCUCGUUGCUAAACAAGGCUCCAUAUGAGGGAUUUCCUUCAAGAUCGGGGUUUAGAUGAGUGUGAUCAGGUACGCCUGACAUCCGACAGAGGAUCUGCUGCUGUUCACUCUGUGCAAUAAGAGUUUUCAACAAAUGUUGAAAAUGUUUGAGACUUGUUUGAUAUCAUUAGUUUUCUCCAUAACCUACCACUCAAACUUGUGGUUAAGUAUCUAAUUUGACUAUUUCAACUGGUGUUCUCAAGACAGAAUGAGUCAAAAAUAUAGACAGGAAUUAUAAUAUUUUUUUAUCAGGACUUAUCGUUAUCGCCAGAAUGGCAAAUCUUAUCGUUUUCAGCCCAUCUCGCCUGUGCCUAACAGCAACAUAAUUAAACUGCAACAUAUUAUGAACUCUUUGCAUGUUAUGUUGUUAAAUUCUUGCCAAUACAUGGAGAUAACGUAUUGCAAAGGAUAGUUUUUCCAUUUACUCACGAAAAGAUAUGUCUUCAGUUACUUAGACAUGUAAUUUUUCUACAUACUGUACCUUGACAUGAUUCGGCGGUGAAAAGAAGACAUGUCUGACAUUAAAGAAAAAAGAAAACUAUUUCUCAGUAUGGUUUCUAUUAUGUCCAGCAACUAUUUCUUCGACUCUGUAAGUUCAGACAACAAAAAAAACUGGUUGGACAACAAACACAACAACCAUAGGACUGGUUAAAGAUCCCUCACAUGGAGUCAUCUUCCUCCCAUGCUUUGAAACAUCUGUUACUGAUGGCCAUCGAGGUUAAAACGGAGUGAAGCUCAAUAAACAGAUAUUGUUGAUUAGCUCCAUGUUCAAGUGAAAUAACAGUUCAAUCGCCAUCAUGCUCCAGUUAGCACCACAUUGACCAGUUAUUCUUCAAGCAGGUCAAAUGUUCUGCUCUCAGAACAGAUACCGAUAUGUUCGCAAUGUGGCGUGUUUCUCUGUCAUUAUCCGCAGUGCCAGCAUGAAAAUAGCUGGGGCUUAUCCCAGUAUUAUCAUGCCAUUAUAUGGCCCUAAUUAAAAAAUAAAGCAGCUCUUCCCCUGCCCAGCUGCUAUUAGACCCUGUUUAGCCUACAGGUUUGCUUUGAAAAGCUCCCUCAUUACAUUGCCUCAAAGAAAUAUCAUACAAUAGUGAGUUGAAAAGGGCAAUGCUUGAAUGGAGUCUUAAAGGAGAGGCUGUACUUGGCCUUCAAGUAUACAUUCCUUCAGCUCAGUGCUUCCUCUGUGGUCCUGCUCCCCUGGCCCACCCCCCUUCUUCCACUCAAGACUUAGUUCCCACAGGGGACUGGGCCAAAGCAAACUCCUCAGAGGAAGUCUCCCUCUCCAAGCAGUGAAAGAGAGAGAAAGAGAAAGAGGGAUGUCCCUAUCAUCUGGCUCAGUGGGACCUGCUAAGCAGUAGGAUGUGCAGAAGGGUGUUAUGACUCCUCGGCCAUGCUAUGUCUAUGAUGUGGUGGUGAGUUAAGCCUGUGUGGCUGCUCUCCUGUGAGGUCAGUGUCAGAUUUAGCCAGCAGGUCCCUUGUGGUGUCUGGGAGUGUCUGUUUUCUGACUCUAUUAUGUCUAGCACUCAUAGCCUUCCUGGAGCUGCAAACCUCAGGGUAGAAAUAGCACCAGACAGGCAGACAUCCUUUGUCGGGAAAAACAACAGUCAUGUCAGUAAUUACAGAGUCUGAUUACAGCAGAGCAGCAGCUCCUACAAAAACCACCGGCCUUGAGUCAGGCAGGUGAGAGGUCGAGUCACCGAGUGCUGAGCAAACGCAGUCAGUCAGCGGGAGGUCUGGGUUAAAAGACUUAACCUACAGAAGCUAAACCAAACACCGAGCGCGCUCUGUGUGUGCGAGUGUGUGUGUGAAUGGGUGUGUGUGUGUGUAAUGUGUCUACUGGUUCGACAGGUAAAAAGACAUUUGUGAGUCAGUGAGACGAGAGGGGAGUGUCCAGACAGACAUGUCAUGUAUACAUGAAGCAGACAGUUUGGCAAGGCAGAGUUUAGACGAGAGGGUGGUGCGUUAUGUAGCAAUAGAUCAACAAAUAAAACUGAACUUAAAUCUAUUAGAUAUCAGGAAGUGAUGAGCUUCUUAUUUUAGGGAUAUAAUGUGAUAAAUGAUAUCUCCUGUGUUGGCAUAAAUCAGAUUUUACAGCUCUGUCAGGGUUACGGACUGGAAAACCUUGGCUAAUUGAAAUUAUAAAAGGGCCUCAGAUGUUUUUUUGGCAUUUGAUUAGAGAGGAAUGAUUUGAUAAGCGAGGGGGAAAUAGUUUCAUGACUUGAAGGGUCAGUUUUAAUUGAAAAGCAGUGAUUCUUAAGCAGAAAGUGGGUUGAAUGUUGAGCCUUUUUGAAGAUAAAAUGUCAAAUGUUAAAAAAAAAAAUUAUGAUUUACCAAAAACACAAACACAAAAUAACUCAGAUAGAGUUUCCUAUCAGCCAACUUAUCAACUGGUUUUCCUCGAGUUCACAGCAAAAAUCGGUUUCUAUAUUUUGGGCAUACGCUGCUAGACCUGACUAACACCUGACACACACACGCUCCUACACAAACACACAUACUCAUGUCUACACAGUCACCCACCCACCGACACCCACUCAUCGCUGCGAGUACACACACACACACACACACACACAUACAUACUCACGCAGCGUCUGGCUUUGUGUGGAGAAACUGCGAGACAUGAUUCAUUACCAGCCGCGCUUCUUCUCGCUUAAUGCUAAAUGAGGUUUGUCAUUAAUUUCCAUUCUGAUCUGAUUACACCAAACUGAGAAAGAGGUUUCACAACUACGAUCAACCCCGCAGGAGUGUUCUCCAUUGAGGAUUUCGUAGGUAGACGGAGUAAUCAUUUGUCUUGAAUCGCACACACAGACGAGGAGGAGAUGGGAGUGUUUGCCAUUCCUUGAGGCAGAAUAUCAUAGUAGUGAGUAAGAGAGUAGCAGGCAGGUCUGUGCUGGCCUCUGCGCCUGCUCAGGUAAACAUAUCCCCUGUCUGACAAGUGCAGACCUGAGGGCCGAGAAGGUGAGCUACCUCAACACAUGCGCUUACACUCAGAUCUACAAUAUGUACAGCGUUAGAGGCCUUAGAGAUUCAGUGUUUUAUGGCACUUAACAAGGCAGAUGUUCCCCUCCUCAGGUUUUCCGAGCGCUGUCUCCCUCAAACAUUUCACGGCUCUGUAGCCUCGCGUUAACAAACCCUCCCUGAACACUUCAACUCAAUUGUCUGUCAGAUCUGAGAGCAAUUACCUCAAUUUGCCUCCCUCUCUGUCUCCCUCUGUCUCUAUAUUGCAAUAUUUCUGUGGUUCAGGCAGUCGAUCUGCUCCACCUGAUGGCGCCUCUUCUGCCUGGCAGGGAGCAAUGUAGCCCUGCUGGCUGCCAGCCAGACCAGCUUGAGUGUCUGCUCAGCUCAAAGCCCUGCUCACACACACACACACACAUACACACACGCACAAGGCACACACACACACACCCACAAGCACACAGUCAUGCCAAGUUCAGAAUCUGAAUGCUUACACAGACACAUCUUCUAUCCUCCGUGUCUCUCUGUUACUUCUUCUCUGUUAAUCUAAUUUUCCUACUUUAUUUUCCUUUUUACUGCGAGCAUGAAUAGUAAAAAAAAAAAAAAAAGUCACGUAACAUCCUGACAAAUUUGCACACUGCUUAUGAAUAAUCCCAUUUACAGUUACGCAGGAGGAUUUUUAAUAUUGAUGGGCUCUUGAAAUAUCCACCGUGCGCCAUGAUUUAAUAUCUGUACUUCAUAUCUGCAAGUGCUGCGGUGAUUUAUUGUCUGUUGUAUCGUCUUUCCACAGUCGCCCAGUCCAGUCUCAGCCAAGAGGUCCAAAUUUGACAAACUACAUUCUCCAUCAGUGGAAAAGGACAGGAAACCCGACUGGUUACAGUCCCUGACCAAGUCUGCGCAAAAGGUUUGUUCGCUGUGAUUCUGUGUGUUUAAUGUAAAAGAAGAGUUCGCCGUCAAGUUCAAGAGUUCGAAAGACGAUUCAGAAACGUUUGUCCUUUCGAACGAUCGCUUUCCCAUUCGUGACCUCUCGUCAUUCUGCCUCGUCACAUGAGGAAGGGCCUUUGAGUGUGUUCUUCACGGAUGAUUUAAUGUUUUAAGGGUAUUUUACCGUGAUUUCAUGCCAGCUUGUUUUCUGUUUGUUGUUCCAGGAUCUGAAACAGGUCCAGCUGAAACAGAGGCCCUCUGCUUUCCGCCCUUGGUCUCCUAAAUCAGUAGAAAAAGAGAAACCAGCUCCGCAGAAUGAAGUGGAGAGGUGAGAAAAAAGAAAGAAAGAAAGAAAGAAAUGUCAGUUUUUGAGCGAUAAGAAUCGUUUGGUUAACUUGACAUGUACUUGAAAUCUAUUCUCAGAUCCUACUCAAAGAGUCACGAAACUUUGGCAGCUCCAAAUCCGACACUAGCUCCCCAGGCUCCUCCGGUCCAUCCCAGGGACAGCAAUGGUCCCGGCAGGGGGGCCGCAGCCAUUUCCAGGCCACCGCAGGAGAUGCUUAAUGGAGAUACACAUCCUGCAAUGAAACCAGCAGCUCCCACUCCCACCAACAACAGACCUGAUGACAUGGACACAGACGGAGAGAUUGAUGUGGACGACUGUGACGACCGUGAGUGUCACGAAUUUGUCGAGUUUGUAAUAACACAGAGAAGAGAAACUGUAAUUCUACCAGAGUCAUUUAAGACAAGACACAGAUUGUACACUCACUACUUGUAUUACACAGUAAGCCCCUCUGGAAUUACGCCAGAGCAGAGAUGGUUCAGAGGGAUCCCUGUGCAACUCUGCCACCUGGUGUUCAAUAGGAGUAAUACAAGAACUGUAGCCAGAGUGAAUUGGGUGUAAAAACAAGCUUUAAUGUUUUUGUAUUACCGUUGCACGUACAAAGAGUGUGCGCUUUACCAAUUUAUUUACCCCUCUAAUAACUAGACAAGCUGUGGUGUAGUUUAAACAAUGUGGGAAAUGGAAAUGGCAAUAAAAAAUAGAAUAAAUAAAGCAACGUAACCACAAAUCCAGCAAGUGAAUGAGCGGGCAGAGAUUGAAGUAAAAAAGUUAGCAUCUACUUGAAAGUACUGAAUAACUAUUGCUGUCUUUAUGAGCUGGUAAUAAUAUAAAUAAACUGUCUACCUCAGGUCCAGUUCCUGCUCCCUCCAUGGCGUCUCCUCCAUCGGCCUCUACCAGUGUGUCGCAGACCCUGACCCCUCAGAGCGCCGUUCGACCUCAAGAGGGACCCGCUUGGCUGUCGGGAAGCCUUUGCCCCGAGAUGGAGACUCUAAGGCAGAUGCUGUAUGGAGGCAUGGACACCAAAGAGGCCAGAGAAAAAGUCCUGCAGGAAAUAAUCAGAAUCAGAGUGAAGCAGGAGGAGAAACUAGCAUCUGCAGUUCAGGCUAAACGCAGCCUCCAGCAGGUAACAUCCUCUCCUUGUGAACUUCUAACAAAAAAUAAGUAAAGGCAUUGACGUCUGAGGUUGUAAACAUGAAAUGGUUGCAAUGUUUCCAACAGGAAUUGGAGUUUGUGAGAGUGGCGAAGAAAGGCCGUCUUCGUGAGGCCAUAGAAGCCAAGCGCAACCUGCGAAAGGAGAUUGAACGCCUUCGUGUGGAUUGGGAGAGAAAAAUGAGGGACGCGGAGGAGUCUUGUGGGCGGUUGAAGAGAGAGUUGGAGAGAGAGAGACAGCUACGAGUUUGUGACAAAAGCUGUGAGGCUGAACGACUGCGGGUCAAAUACUCCUCUCAGGUCAGAUUUCUACUUUUGAUCUCCAAACGGUUAAUGCUUUGGUUUGUCCGCUUUGUCCCAUUUUUCAUUCAAACUUAUCUGUGGUGUGUUGUGUAGAUCGAGGAGUUGCACAUGCAGCUACAGCAGGCGGAGGCCGAUCGUGAGCAGCUGAGACAGGAGCUCCAGGAGGAGAGAGAAGCUCGACAGAGCCUGGAGAGUGUCGUCAAAGACCUGCAAACCCAGCUGGCCCUACAGACCGACAGCAGCCACCCUGGAGACUCCAAGGAUGCAAACACAGACACACAAAGACCGACCACACAACACACUAAUGGAUCCUAA